GUUCACGGGGCUCCGGAGGCCCAGAUGCUGGCAAAGUGGCGGGAGCGCUCCGGUACGAGGACCCAGGUCGGGGCGCCCCCGCCAGCGCCGGGAUCCCGGCUCACCCUCCGCCGCGCCCCGCCCCCGCCCCAACACACUGGGGGAGCCCCGCCCGCCCCGAGGCCCGCGCGGCGCCGCAGGAGGAAUCCCAGCCAUUUCCUCCACGCCGCGCGGUAUGUGGCCUGCCCGCCGCCGACCGACCGCAGCGCGAGCGGGUCCCCAGCCGAGCCUGGCAGCUGCCCCGGCCCCGCCGUGCUGCUCGGGAUUCCGGGCAGGCCUUCCCCUCGUCCCGGGCAACCAGACCAGCCUUUCCAGCAGCUCCAGGCCCGUGCGGCCCCGCCAGACGCCGGCUACACCCCGCGCCGCUGCCAGAACUUUUCUCAGCCCCGCGUGCCCACCCCCGGCCCAGGCACCCCCUCCCCGGAACGCCCCCGACGGCCCCUCGCGUCCGAGCUGGAAACUGAAGUUGACGCUCCGUCACCCUGGGGUACCACGAGGGUCCUGGCUUUCCUCACAGGAUCUUAGCGCCCACCCUGCCCCUCGCCUCUCCUCCAGCCCAGUUGCCAAUGGAGCAAGCAGGCUGGGCUUUGUGAGUGGGCAGAGGAGAGGGCUGGGACCUGCCCAAGACUGCGCCCUGCACAGAUUAAACAAUGCCUGAGGGUCCCACGACACAGCCUUCCUCGAGAUUCAGCGUUCAGCGUUGCCCUCUCCUCAAUCACUAGGUUCUUGAAAGGCCCAAAGGACGGUUAUUUACGUUUUUUUAAAGUGAUGUCAUCGCAGUCUGAGAGCAGCCAGACACGUAGUGAUCAGGGGAAGUCGAAAGUGCAGAUGGGUUCGCAAACGUGGCUCUCUAGUUUUGGGUCUGCAGAUGGGGCCGGCCACCACGUGCUCUCCGAGUUCUCUUUCCAAGUACAGAUCCCUCCGGAGACGGAACAUUUUUCCGCCUUUAAUUCUUCCCAGGAGUUGCGGAGGAAGGCGUGAGAGCUGGAGCUCGAGGUGACUUGCGUGGGGGGAUCGCUUCCCGGUAGCCCACACCUGCCUCACCCACGCCCACGGCGGCCGCAAAGGCGACACCGCGUGGAUCUGGAAAGCCCCGAGUUUCACCAGGCCCAAUCACCGGCGGCUUUGCAGGCGCAGCACCAAGUGCUGCUCUGCCUGUGUUACCCCAGACAGCCCCUGGUUGUGAUUUGUCGUUUCCAUUCCAGCUAGAGUCCCAAGGCCAAGAACUGGACCCUUGCAGAGAGAUCCGCCCCCCUUCAUUCCCCACACGCGCCACAGCCACAGGCCGCAUAAAUAAAUCCAGGUGGAGGCAGACCCAAAAACCCAGGUGCUAUAAAUAUCCCAGCCCAGCCCAGCCCGGAGACUGAGCUCCCAGGCAGCCCCUCACCCCCACCCGCCCGAGCCCAGCACUUCCGGCCACCACAGCGCUGAGGGCGGAUCUCCCCGCGGUGGGAGGAGCGGGCUCCAUCAGGAUCGCAGGCCUGGCUUCCUUUUCUUUCUUCUCCUCGGAGCCUCUGGCGGCCCAACCUGAGGGCUUGGCCUCUUCUCUGGAACCACCUCCCUAACUUUCAAUCACAUACCUCUCCCUCCCUCCCCCUGAUAUUUUUAGAGGCUUUCUCUCAGGGACCCCAUACUGCGGCCAGACUUCAAGAAAUGCUGACUUCUCUUUCUAGAUGAAUAAGCAUAGUUGGAAGGCAACAACCUCAAUCAGAGUUUACAAUUUAAAAUUUGAUUCUAAACUUUUUCUU